AUGGAGCCUUUUCGCGUACGCCUCAACUGCACCGAUCACUACCAGGCCACCGCGUCGGAGCUGGACCCUCCACUGCCAUUUCGAGAUGGCGUCUCGGAGAAAGACUAUAGGCCCAGAGUACCUGUGAUACGAGUGUUUGGGGCAACUGAAACCGGCCAACGAGUUUGCGUCCAUAUCCAUGGUGCAUUUCCUUACCUAUACAUCGAGUACAGUGGAUCGUUGGCGCCUGAAGCAGUGAGCUCAGCGAUUCGUACUCUCCACCUCUCCAUCGAUCAUGCCUUGGCAGUCAGCUAUCGCCGUAAUGCCUACGACAGAAAGACUGCGUAUGUCGCACACAUUACCCUAGUCAAAGGGAUUCCAUUCUAUGGGUACCAUGUCGGCUACCGGUCUUUUUUCAAGAUUUAUCUUCUCAAUCCUUUCCAUAUUACUCGCUUAGCGGACCUGUUUCACCAGGGAGCAGUCAUGAAACGACCACUCCAGCCAUACGAGAGCCACCUACAGUUUGUCCCACAAUGGAUGUGCGAUUACAACCUAUACGGGUGUGGAUAUAUGGACUGCAAAAAAGUCUACUUCCGGCCACCGGUACCGGAAUACCUGGAGCUCACCAAUUUGGAUCACCGCUGGCAUGACCGCUCAAUCCACCCUGAGAAUAUUCUUGAUGACCCGGCCCUUCCGAAGCAGAGCCACUGUCCCUUGGAAGUAGAUGUUUGCGUGCAAGACAUACUUAACCGUUCCGAUAUUAAAGAGCGCUCCUUGCAUCACGACUUCACAGAGCUCUUGAGACCGGCUGCGUUCAACGAGCGUUUGGUUCCCAGUGUGGCUGGACUCUGGCAAGAUGAGACGAGAAGACGCAAGAAACUUAUGGGAAUCACGGAUCCAGACAGUACCCCGUUUGGCCCCGAGGAACUGAUAUCCAUGUCUGCCGACCCACGGAAUCAAUCCAGGGCAGGCUGGGUUCACGAAGACGAAUUUCGCGAGUUGGCACUCCAACUUGUUGCCGAUGAACGACUUGAAGAUAACGCCAAGGAAACUUCUUUUGAAACUUUCCUGGCUCCCGAUGCGGAGAAAGAGAAUAUCAAAACAGCCUUGGCCAGUGUAGAAGAUUUCUAUCCUGACAAACUGAACGGCUCCACUUUGGAUAGGCACCAUCGUAUCUCGCAGGCAGCUGACGAACAACUGCCUCAGAUUUCCGUUGAUGAAGGCCUGUUACUAUCUUCCCAAGUGGAUGAAAACUACGUCUCGGAUCAUGGGCAGGAGCUAUUAAGAGAAGAUGAGAACCUAGAGGAACCUCAAGAACAGUUUCAACCCUUCCAAGCAGCAGCACUUGAAGAGAGCUUCUAUGAUUGUGUUUUUGAUGAACUUACACAACCCGUUGAAGCACAAAAGCGUGCACAGGCGGAUAGCGCUUCAGGUCUGCAGACAGAUGAUGAUUUUCUCAGGGCGCCCCCAUCUUUUAUGAUUGACCCCAGUGCUUAUUGCGAAGCACAUCGUGAAGUCAACGCACGCUCAACAAGCUCAAGACGAUCGCAUAAAGAAACUGCCGAUGGUGAACAGCUGCAAUCGGUCAAAAAACCGAGGUUCUGGAGCAAUACAGACGAGACCAGUCCGCAGAAAGAGCUGAUCGAAAAUUUCAACCAUGUUGAGACCACAAAAAGUGGCAAUUGCCUGGCCCAAAUCCGCACCAGUCCCCACAUGGAAGCACUGCCAUCUUCCGACCCAAAACGCUCCUCCCAGAAAACAAUCCGUUCAUCAAAGGCAAUGGUGAAAGCACCCAACAGCAGACUGAACUACCCCGUUGUCAAGGAUCCCAAUGACCCAAUGACAAUUCUACGAUUCAGCCAAGAUGAAAGCAGUUCUUCAAAGAAGGACUCAGCAUCACAGCUCAUGCCAAGCUCGUUCCCGUCAGGAUCAACCACGAGCGCCAAGUCAGGCGAUGCUAGUGCCUCUGCAGAUUCCUCAACGCUGCUCCGAUCCUCCUCUACAGCAGUAGAGGCUCGUAUCGCACUUGAUCCACAUGUGGCCCAUAUCAAAUCAAAACUUCAUGACUCGUUUCAUUUCCACCGGGACACUACUUUAUGCCUUUUCAGAUUGGCCAGCCCAAGCACCAAUGAGGCAGUGUCGACCUUGAAUGAUUUUGGUCGCCCAUCUGUCGUCUAUCAAAAAGCAUACUACAGUACUGAGGCGGAUGUACCUGAAAGACCUCGUUUGUACGCUGGCCGAGAAUUUCGAUUAGAAAGCGACACAAUCCAUUUUCUACCCCAGUUUGACCCAUCAGGAAACUCGCCUGCGAUGUUUGACGAGCAGCGACUUUCGGCUGUGGUUGAUCAAGGGCAGCAAGAAAAGAUUGAUCAGGAAUUGCGGGAAGCUUGUACCUCCAGGGCAUGGGAGUUUGCGCCGGUACCGCCCAGUCGGUCUGAAGUAGUGGCUUGGUUCGAACAAGUCGAAGCCUCAUCACGCAAGGCUAGCGCCAGCACCAGUACACCAACCAUUAAUCAGCCUCUUUCGGGGAAGAAGCUUGAAGCUUUAUCACAAAUCGAAGGUCCAACACAACGGAACCCCUACGGCGCCAAAUACUCUCAAAAGGCGAAGGCCACCAGCGUGGAGCAUCAAACGCAGUACAUGAGCACCAUGAGCCUGGAAGUGCAUGUAAACACCCGCGGAGCUCUAUCAUCCAAUCCGGACGAGGAUGAGAUAUCUUGUCUUUUCUGGUGCCUUCAAUCUGAAGACGAUGCUCUCGAGGUCAAUAGCCAUCUGCCCGGCGUUCACGUCGGGAUGAUCUAUCAAGGGGAGGGGGUAGACCCGAAGCUAACGCUGAGAAUUGAGGUUGAGCAGGAACCGACCGAACUCGACCUGAUCAACCGGCUAGUUGACCUUGUUCGCUACCACGACCCGGAUAUCAUCACAGGCUAUGAAGUUCACAAUGGUUCCUGGGGGUACGUGAUUGAGCGAGCUCGGAAGAAGUAUGACUUUGAUCUCUGCGCGGAGUUGUCUAGAGUCAAAUCACAGUCAAAUAGCAAAUUCGGCAAAGAGGAUGAUCGCUGGGGAUUCGAGCAUGCUUCGUCGAUUCGAAUGACUGGCCGACACAUGAUCAAUAUCUGGCGUGCCAUGCGAGGGGAGCUAAACCUGCUGCAGUAUACCAUGGAGAAUGUUGUGUUUCACCUUCUGCAGCGCCGAAUUCCUCACUACUCGGCCAAAGACCUCACACAAUGGUACCAAAGCGGAAAGCCUCGCAACAUGCUGAAAGUUGUGGAGUACUUUACAUCGCGAGUACAAAUGAACUUGGAAAUUCUCGAGGCCAACGAGUUGAUUCCGCGGACCAGCGAGCAAGCGAGAUUGCUGGGGAUUGACUUCUACUCUGUCUUCGCUCGUGGAUCUCAGUUCAAAGUCGAGUCUUUGAUGUUCCGAAUUGCCAAGCCAGAGAACUUCUUGCUCGUCUCUCCAAGCAGAAAGCAAGUUGGACAGCAGAAUGCUUUAGAAUGCUUGCCUCUGGUCAUGGAGCCGCAGAGCGACUUCUACACCAGCCCUCUUCUGGUGCUUGACUUUCAAUCACUCUAUCCUAGUGUGAUGAUUGCCUACAACUACUGCUACUCGACCUUUCUUGGCCGAGCUGUCCCGUGGCGCGGCAAAGAUAAAAUGGGCUUCCUAGACUACAAGCGGGAGCCUCGACUACUGGAAUUACUGAAAGACAAGAUCAAUAUUGCGCCAAAUGGCAUGAUGUAUGCAAAGCCAGAAGUCCGCCAGUCACUGCUCGCCAAGAUGCUUACGGAAAUCCUUGAAACCCGAAUCAUGGUCAAGACUGGAAUGAAGACUGAGAAAGGGGACAAGACCUUGCAACGAUUGCUCAACAAUCGACAGCUGGCUCUGAAACUUAUUGCCAACGUCACGUACGGAUAUACAUCUGCUUCAUUUUCUGGUCGAAUGCCUUGCUCAGAGAUCGCAGACAGCAUUGUGCAGUCGGGUCGAGAGACGCUGGAAAAAGCCAUUGCCUUCAUUCACUCCAUCGAGAGAUGGGGUGCAGAGGUUGUCUACGGUGAUACCGACAGUCUGUUCGUCUAUCUCAAGGGUCGCACACGCGAUCAAGCCUUUGACAUCGGCGAGGAGAUUGCACAGGCAGUGACAGACAUGAAUCCGCGCCCAAUAAAGCUGAAGUUCGAGAAGGUCUACCACCCCUGCGUACUUCUAGCGAAGAAGCGGUACGUCGGGUUCAAAUAUGAGCAUCGCACACAAACCGAACCCGAGUUUGACGCCAAAGGCAUUGAGACCGUGCGACGGGAUGGGACACCCGCAGAGCAAAAGAUUGAAGAAAAGGCUCUGAAGCUACUCUUCCGAACUGCAGACCUGAGCCAAGUGAAAUCCUACUUUCAACGACAGUGCAGCAAGAUCAUGCAAGGCCGUGUCUCGAUUCAAGAUUUUUGCUUCGCUCGUGAGGUCCGUCUGGGUACCUACAGUGAGCGUGGCACUCUCCCCGCCGGUGCCAUGAUCAGUACCAAGCGCAUGUUGGAGGACCCUCGGUUAGAGCCGCAAUUAGGUGAACGCGUCCCAUAUGUCGUCGUUACUGGGGCACCUGGAUCAAGACUUAUUGACCGGUGUGUUGCGCCGGAGAUCCUCUUACAUGACGCGCAGCUUGAUCUCGAUGCAGAAUACUACAUCACCAAAAACCUGAUUCCACCACUGGAGCGAAUCUUCAACCUUGUCGGUGCCAAUGUACGCCAAUGGUAUGACGAAAUGCCCAAGGUGCAACGAAUCCGACGAGUUGACGCAUCCUCGAUUUCAACUUCAUCCCGCCCGCACCAGCAGCUUGGAAUCCAGAAGAAGACGCUGGAAUCAUACAUGCGGUCCUCUUCAUGCAUCGUCUGCCGAGCUAAGCUGUCUGAUGCUGGCAUCCCUGUUUGUCAUGAGUGUCUGCAACAGCCACACCUUGCACUUUUUGAUGUUGUCUCCCGACUGCAGCAGGCCGAGAAGCGAGUUGUUGAUCUAGAGGCAGUGUGUCGGUCGUGCAUGGGUGUUACAGCAUGCGACAGCGUUGCGUGUGAUAGCUUGGAUUGUCCCGUUUUCUACUCCCGGACUAGAGAUGCGGCCAAUUUGCGGCAUUUGAAGGCUGUGCUAGAGCCAGUAGUGGAACUGCUGGAGAAGAAAGGUCACCAAGAACUCGAUUGGUGA